GAAAACGGCAGUAGUGGACUGUGGAAGUGAAGGACGAUCAGAAAGUGGGGCGCUUCGGUUGGAAAGGAGGCGUUUGGCAGCAAGCACACGUUGGCAGGGGCAGGGGCAAAUCCUGCCAGAAGCGGAGUGACAAAGUUGGUUGGAGCGUAUCAGGAAAAACAGGAAAACGCUUGUAGCGGUUGCCAUUCAACGGAAGUUGGGCAGUUAAGGGGGACCUUAUCAGCCUGAGGCAGGAUGGCGAAGCAGAAGCGCGAGAAGGCGCCUGCGACACCAGGAAAGACCAAGCAUUCCCUGGACGCUUCCAAGAGAGAUGGCAAGAAGCCGGACAAGAACCUUCGGACGGCCGCAACUGUUCGGCGUCUUAAAAUGUACAAGACGCGUCCAAUCAGGGACAAGAAUGGGAAGUUGGUGUAUGAGGAGUUGCAGUCGAAGGCCCUUCCGUCAACCAGGAUACAGGGUGACAGGCGGUGGUUUGGGAACACCCGCGUGAUUGGCCAGAAGGAGCUGGAGCAGUUCCGGGAGGAGAUGACCACAAAAGCGGGGGACGCUUAUACGGUGCUGCUGAAGGACCGGAAGCUGCCGAUGGCGCUCCUGUCAGACAACCAAAAGACCUCCCGCGUGAAGCUCCUGGGCACAGAGCCGUUCGGCGACGCCUUCGGGCCCAAGUCGACACGCAAGCGGCCCCGUCUCCAAGUCAGUGACUACGGUGCCAUGGUAGACAAAGCGGCCGAGGUUGCAGACACGCACCUCGAGAAAGCGGAAUUGGACUUUGCAGAGGCGCAUCGGACAGGUGCCGACGAAGGGGUCAGGUCGGAGGUUAGGGAUAACAUGUUUCUCAAGGGGCAGAGCAAGCGCAUUUGGGGGGAGCUGUUCAAGGUGCUGGACUCGUCGGACGUGGUUAUCCAGGUGAUUGACGCGCGUGAUCCGAUGGGCACCCGGUGCAAGUUCCUGGAGCACCACCUGAAGAAGAACGCGACGCACAAGCACCUGCUGCUGCUGCUCAACAAGUGCGACCUCGUCCCUGCGUGGGUCACCAAGGGCUGGCUGCGUGUCCUCUCGCGCGAGUACCCCACGCUCGCGUUCCACGCUAGUGUCACCAACCCCUUCGGAAAGGGCUCCCUGCUGUCGCUGCUGCGCCAGCUGGCGCGUCUUAAGAGCGACCGCCAGGCUAUCUCGGUGGGCUUCGUGGGCUACCCGAACGUCGGCAAGUCGUCCGUCAUCAACACGCUGCGAACCAAGAAGGUGUGCAAGGUGGCGCCCAUUCCCGGGGAGACCAAGGUGUGGCAGUACAUCACGCUGAUGAAGCGCAUCAACCUGAUUGACUGCCCAGGGAUUGUGUACCAAUCCAACGACACCGACACCGACAUCGUCCUGAAGGGAGUGGUCCGCGUGGGCAACUUGUCGGAGCCGGCAGAGCAUGUGGCCGAGGUUCUCCGGCGGAUCAAGCCCGAGUACUUGCGCCGGGCGUAUCACAUCGCGGACUGGGUCGACGAUCUCGACUUCCUAACCCAGCUGGCAAAGCAAACCGGGAAGCUCGGAAAGGGGGGGGAGCCGGACGUGCAAACCGCGGCCAAGAUGGUUCUCUUCGACUGGCAGCGCGGGAAGAUUCCCUUCUUUACCCCCCCACCGAAGGACGAGGAGUUUCUGGCGCGCGCGGGGGUGGAGGCGGAGGGGGGAAACGGCCCCCCCGGAGAGGAGGCCCCGUUGGUGGUGCGGCAGAGUCUGCAGAAGGUGCCGGUGCAGGCGGAGAUGUUCGACGAGGACGAUAACAGGGCCCAGGAUGGAGCGGAGGAGGACGAGGGCGAGCAAGAGGAGGAAGAAGAAGACGAUGAGAGCGUCGAGGCUGAUGGGGAGGACGAGGAGGGGAGCGACGAGGAGGGUCAGGCCGAGGGUUACGACGAGGGGUUAGAAGGGGGUUACGAAGAAGCUCUAGAAGCUGACAGUGGCGGGGAUGAAGGCAUAGCGGGUGUGGCGGAGCCAAGCACGUCGGGGCGGUCUGCCGAGAGCACCAGGGUUAAGGAGAAGGGCGCUUCGAAGAAGGGAAAGAGGAAACGGGUCAGCGAGGGGGUUAGCGAUGACGAGGAGCUGACCUGGGAGGAAGUGCUGGCCAGCGUGCAAGCGCAGGUGGGGUUGGUGCCGGGUCAAGAUGACGUCACUACAAAGUCAAACGGGGAGGACGAAGAAGAUACGGUGGUGAAGGGUAAGGGGAAAAGGGAGGAGCCUUACUCGGCCAAGGGAAAAGGGGAGGUCCGACGGGUAGGGCGGACUUCGAAAAAGCUGAAAAAGUCGAAAAGAAACGAAUGAAACGAAGAUCUUUGAAACGACUUCGAACCUUUCUUAUUUGAAAGUGGGGCUGGCAAUCUUGGAAACUUGUUCGACAGCUGGAUGUUCGACUUUCAAAGGCUGUAGCCACAUGGGCCUUAAAGUUCAAAGCAAACACGACCAUCGACAGUUGGAUCCUGAAUGUCGUUAACGUUAUCAUGGCUC